UUUUUUUAAAGUUGUCCGUUUGUUCAGCAUCAAGAAAUCUGAUUUGGUUCAUGCACAUAUAUACCUAUGGAAAAUCCUAGUUUAUACUUGCUGAAGUAGAUAUGUAUCUAUUUAAGAGAUGUUUUAAGUCAAUUUACCUGUUUGUUCAAGAAAAUAAUUUAUUCAGCGUCCAUAUGGAGCACAGUGUAUAAUUUUAGAAAAAUAUUUUUACGUUUAAAUCAUAUCUUCUUUUAUCCCGAAACAAUAUUAACUUGCUUACAAUUACUCCAUAUUACUCACAUGAGUGAAAGUUUAUGUCUGAAACUAAAUGUUGCGAAGACAGAGUACAUGGCAUGUGGCGGCACGGACCCCGACCCCAUAAAGGUAGGAGACGAAUUUGUCGUGAAAACGAAUAAAUUCAAAUACCUUGGUUCCGUGCUGCACGAAUCUGGUGAAAUCGAUCACGACGUCCAAGUCCGAAUAAGUGCUGCUUGGGCAAAAUGGCGAGAAGUAACCGGUGUCAUCUGCGACCCUAGGAUACCGGUGAAGCUAAAGGGCCUUGUGUACAAGAGCAUCAUCCGACCAGUCCUACUAUAUGGUAGCGAGACCUGGCCUGUCCUCGGAAGACAUGUCCAGCAGCUUCACGUCACCGAAAUGAAGAUGUUGCGAUGGAUGUGUGGCGUUACGCGAUUAGAUCGCAUACGUAACGAACACAUUCGUGGCAGCCUUGGAAUUCGUGACGUAGCGGAUAAGCUGCAGGAAAGUCGCCUCCGAUGGUAUGGCCAUAUAAGCCGCAGACCAGUAGACUACGUCGGAAAUAGAUGCCUCAAUCUCACUGUCCAAGGCCCUAGAUCACGCGGCCGCGGUAGACCUAAGAAGCGCUGGCUGGAGGUCGUGAGAGCGGACAUGGUGGAGAGCAAUCUCACAUCUGAGGAUGCCGAAGAUCGGGCAAAGUGGAGAAGAUUAAGUAGGAGAGCGGACCCUGGCGCUAGGCCGGGAAAACGCUAGGUUGAAGAAGAAGAAGAC